AUGCGAGCGUUUUACUACUUUUUGAUAGCAAACGUCCUCGCGGCACUUUUCGCGCCGAUUCAAGACUGUGAUGAAGUCUUUAACUAUUGGGAGCCUACGCAUUAUCUAAGCCAUGGAUAUGGACUACAAACGUGGGAGUACUCACCUACUUAUGCUAUUCGAAGCUGGCUUUAUGUUCUCGCCCAUGCCAUGAUAGGUAACGUUGCGAGUUUGCUUCCAGGGUCUUCAAAGGUUACUGAGUUUUAUUUUAUUCGUUGUACUUUGGCAGUAAUAUGCACACUUAGCCAGACCAAACUACACCAGUCAAUCACCAAACAUCUAAAUUCUCGAAUAGGAUUUUUUUACAUGAUUUCCAUGAUAUCUAGCCCUGGGAUGUAUCAUUCAUCGGCAUCCUUUCUACCCUCCAGCUUUGCGAUGUAUAUGAACAUGUUCGGAUUGGCUUCUUUCAUGAAUAGGAGGACAGAUAAAAAAUUAUUCUGUGGUAUAAUAUGGUUUUCUAUUGGGAGUGUGCUUGGCUGGCCAUUUUCUAUGGCACUUUGCGUACCGUUGAUAGCACGGGAUAUUGUCAUUAUACUGACUUCGCAAAAAAUUGAUAUUUCAGGUACAAUUCGGAAUCUUUUACAAGAAGUUUCAAUAUCAAUUAUUGUUUUGCUUGCCGAAAUUUUUGUAUCCUCGCUACUCUAUAAACAUUUUGUGAUUGUCCCACUAAACAUAGUCGUCUAUAAUAUUUUCGGUGGGCCAGGACGCGGUCCCGAAAUUUACGGUGUUGAACCAUGGCAUUUCUACAUACGAAAUCUACUUCUCAAUUUCAACAUUUGGUUUAUACUUGCCUUGAUUUCAAUCCCUUUGUCUCUCAUUCAGCAGUUAUGGAUCCGGAAAGAAAGAUUGAAUGCAAGUAGCAUGCAGAGUUUCCUCUUUAUGACCCCGUUUUACAUGUGGCUAGUCAUAUUCUCGUUACAGGGACACAAAGAAGAACGUUUCAUGUACCCAGCUUACCCGUGUCUAUCUAUCAACGCAGCCGUAUCAGUUCAUACAGUUCUAUCUAUUUUGGGAAGCUACAACCCGCAAAAAUAUACACAGAAGCUAUUUGGUCGAAUCAAACUUGCGUUUGUCGUGAUUUUACUCAUCGGAUCUGUUAAUAUCGGUUUAAUGCGAAUCUAUGGUAUCUACACAGCCUAUUCUGCGCCUCUCAAUAUUUACAACUCACUAUCUGUUGUGGGCGCAUACGGCGAUACAAUAUGUUUCGGCAAAGAUUGGUAUCGUUUUCCAAGCUCCUACCACCUCCCGAACAACAUGAACGCCAAAUUCAUUAAAAGUGAGUUUAAUGGACUCUUACCUGGCGAAUUUCCAAAGAUGCAUGCAACUGGUGGCUGGCGGAGCGGCACUUGGUUAGUGCCGUCUGGUAUGAAUGAUCAGAAUCUAGAAGACAUGGGAAAAUAUGUCAAAUUACAUGACUGCAGCUUUCUUAUCGAUACUUACUAUCCAAAAAACAUCCCAUCGAUUCUUGAACCACACUAUCUUUUGGAUCAUGACAAUUGGUCAGAAAUAAGCUGUGCUGAUUUUCUUGAUUCUUCUGAGACAUCAUUACUCGGACGCAUGUUGUGGUUACCUAACUCACCCAGUUUCAUCCCAGGACAGCUGCGGAAUAUAUGGAAUAAAUGGGUGGCCAGAAAAUGGGCAAAACACUGUUUACUAAAAUAUAAUCAUGUGAUUUCGGACAAACCAGCUCGCUUAUCAAAUUCAUGA